GCAGCCAUCUCCUCAGGAACGCUCUCGUCACAAAAUGAAGCGGACUCCAAAUCUCGGCCGGAAUCGCCCGCUUUCUCGGCCGAGUUUAUAAUACAUGGGCGUCGACUUAACGUCCUUCUUAGCCCCUGGCUUUCUACCAUUGCUGAGGAUGGCCCCGCUUCAACAAACAUGGACGCAGCACAGCAUCGUAGACGGGACCUGACGAGUUCUUUGGCAACUCGACGAAGCGCCAAGUACGUCAUCGUGGGUAUGGGGGUCACGGGCUCUGCCGCUCUGCAGGCGCUCUUGGAAUGUGAGCCGGAUGCCGAUAUCACUGUCGUAGAAAGAGGGACGCAAUCGGCUGACUUUGAAGAGCCGCAAGGAGGACGGGACAGGGCUCGGAAGAAAGAGAAAGGCGGAGGUCUUGGGGGCUUCUUGCGCCGAGGCCACCAGGGGAAACCUAGCGUCAAAUACCUGUGGGGCACGACCGUGAAUUCGCUGGACGCAGACGGCAGGAUCCUCUCACUCUCGGACGGCUCCACACUGAGGUUUGAGAAAUGUUUGCUGGCAGUGGGAGAGGGCCCUGUGCGGGUGCCGCCCAGGUAUGUGGAGAGGGAUAUCGCGGGGCGCGUCACCCCCUUGCACAGAGCCGAGGACAGGCGGGUCUUGGGCCGGUCAGUGGCCCAAGGGCACCACGUGACCGUGGUCGGCUCCAAUUGGGCCAGCGUCGAGCUGGCGAGCUUUUUGAGCGACGUGGGCCGGCGGCACGGCUGGGGGAGGAGCAGCGUCACCUUGGUCUUCCCGGAGUCCACUCCCCUGGCCAAGGAGCUGCCUCGGUACCUGUCGGGUCUCCUGAUGCGGCGCUUGGAGCGCCGGGGCGUGGAGGUCAUCCCCCACACCAGCGUCAAGUACAUUGGAAGGGCCAUGGCGUACGAGGUGCAGGCACUCCGUCCGUCCCAGCCCUGGUCUCCUCCCUUCGACCCCGAGGAAGACACGGGGGAGGGGCCCAGGCGUAAACCCACCGCCAACAACCGCCCUACAGAGGAGCAGGAGCCCAUGGCCUCCUUUGACCCCAUUCGGGUCUACUUGACAAGCAAAUUCGCGAGCCUGGAUUCGACUGCCCUCCUCACCGACCAUGUGGUUGUCGGGGGCUCGUCGUCGCAGGGCCGGCUCCCCACCUUCGAUUUCGAGGGCCAUCCUUUGGAGGCGGACGCUAAGACCGGCGCCAUCGUCGUUUCCCACGAGCUCCAGGCGUCCAGCAGUGUCUUCGUGGCCGGGGAUGCGGCCCAUUUCCCUUGCACGGACCUGGGAAAG